AUGAGAGUGAUUUUUCUCGCUCUCUCGCUCCUCUCUCUCUUUCUUCUCUCCCUCCUUCUAAUUUUUUUUCUUUCUACUUCAAAUAUGAUGCUACCUAGUCAUAAUAACAAUAGCAGCAGUAACCUUAGUAUUAGUAGUAUUGGUAACCUUAGCAACCUAAGUCUAAAUAACCAUAGCAACCACAACAUAAAUAACAUGGACAGUAGCUCCAACACGAGCUGGUCAGAUAAACUAUCACUUUCAGACAUCACUGUAGCGGAGAUACUAGACAUUUAUAAGCAUGAUACCGAACUGUUAAAGCAUAUCCUUGCCGCAAAAACAGAAGAGGAUAAAAGAAGAGGAGCAGAAGAACUAAGAAGAGCAGAAGAAGCAAGGCUACAUUCGAAAUUUAUUGAUUUACAACUCGAUCAAAACCGCAGGUCAUCGUUGUUGGAUGAUACUUCAUUGGGUUUAUCAGCUAAUGAUUGGUUAUCACAAGUCAAUAGCCGUGAUCUCUUAUCACCUUCUUUUUUGAAUAAUACCCCACCUUCACCUUCACAGCUUCAACCAUUGUCGCCUUAUACCUUAUUCGAAGUUCCUUUUGCCGAUCUGAAUUUAUCAGCGCCUUCGUCUCCAGAACCAACCACAAAUCCUCCUGCUCUCAUGGUCGAGAAAAUCACCUUGACAGAUGAUCCUCCACCACCCCCAUCACCUCCACCUCACCGAGAACACCUCAAUGACCUAAAAGAGCCCGAAACAAAUAAGAUGGAUGCACUUAGUCCUCCUCCUCCACCGACACCGCCUACAAAAGAAAGAGCUUCAUGUAAAAGAACACUAUCACGUACUCGGUCUACUCGAAAACCUUCCAUCAAAGUCUUGGCCAAGAAAAACCGAUCUCAACCUAGCAAUGAAACCACAGAAGAAAUCGAGAAAGUCAAGGAAGAAUUGCCCUUGGAUCACGAUAAAGUGAUGGAAGCACUUCGAGCUAAAUUACAGCGAUCAACACAGCAACAAAAAGAACAAAAGAACGUGAAGGAGGAAAUUACUAGCAUGUCUCCCUCGGGUAUCUUGUUAUUAGACUUGAAAAAUCCUCGAAGAUCAUUCCCUGUUCGGCCAAAAGCAACGCCUCGUGCUUCUGUGGUUAGAAGGCCUCAUUCGUUUAUUUCUGCUCAUAAGCCGAAAGAGCAAUCAUUGUAA